AGUCAGUAUGGCAUUUGACAAUACAUAGUCAAAGAGAAUAUAAUUGAAAUAUAAUCACUGCGUUAAAUAAUAGUUUGAUUUGAUAGGUAUUUCAUUGCUUACAAUUUAUAAAAUUCCGGAUUGUGUUCUAACUUAGGUGUAAAACUGCUUUAUGAGAACCUUUAUUUCUUCGUAGGAAUUUAAUUGUACAUAAACAGCAUUGAUAUAAUGGAAGCAAAAGCGGCACCGCGAAUAAAAACAUCACAGCGGCGCAUUCAAUACAAGAGCAGUGCCUGGUGCGUUCACGAAUUUGAGGUCUGGAGUGGUGAAUUGGUGUGUCGAGUAGCUGCCUUGCGUAUGAAAGAUUCCCUAUUGCUUUGGAUCGGUGGCAACGCCAAGCCCGCACUGGUAGAAGUGGCAGCCGGGGUGCCUAUGCCACCCUCCAAUGGGUCUGCGCGCGCCGGACUCGCCACUGCUCUGAUCAGCGGCGACGGCGUGGCAGUGACACUGGCGCGAAGGCUGUCCGCUACGCUGGUGCGACCUGUGUACGUGUGUUGCGGCGCCACCUUUGACCGUUUCACCGCACCGCUGGUGGAGCGCGGACUCAUUGCCGAAAUAAAGAGCAGACCAGAAUGUUUCUAGCCCUUUGUGUGGUCUUAGUGCACAUGGGGUAGAAUCAUAAUAGGCUACUGGCCCUCCUUGGAAUCCUCCAAAACGUGACUCGCUUAGGUUGAUGUUUUUAAUUUUGUUGUUUGUGAUUGAUCACAAGUCUAAUGCAUCUGUCACACUGUAGUCUGUUAUUCAAUACCAAUAAAACUACAUGGAGUUGUGUCAUGUUUUUCUGCCACAUUGUAAGCAUACUGAUUGUUAAAUCAGUUUGAUAACAACCAUGUAGUGUUAUCGUCUGCGGUUUGCUACACUUAACUGAUAAAAUAACUAGAUUUUGAAAAAAGUUACUGUAAUGGUUAUUUUUGUAUGUACAAUGAGUGGUACUAGAGGUAGGCUGUUAUCAGCAUACAUCAUCAUUUGAACCUCUCAAAAAUUUGAUGUAAGUAUAAACAGACAUGACAAUGUAAAUAAAUCCAAUCCACCAGUAACUUUGGAGGUUGAUAAAAUUUUCGUAAAAAAAUAUCAACAUCUUUUAGUAAGUCUACAUUUGGAUAUAUUAUAAUAUAAUAGUUGAAGCGGUUGGCAGGGCUGCUACUGUUUAUGGGCAGUUGAGUUGCUACCGUCCAGUAAGCACCUUGUGUGCCUCAUGGCUGACUUGAAUUAGAAAUAAAUGUUAUAUGCAAUUUGGCUCUUCAUUGUAACUGUUAUUCUUUAUUCAUAUAAUCAUUGUUACUAUGUAAGUUCUAAUCUACAUAUAUGUUGCUGAUGGACAGUAAACAUCCCAAUUGUAAACUUUAUUCAUAUGAAUAUUGUAGAUGAGUAGCAAUUACUUCAACAUGUAAAAAUCUUAGAGAAAUUAUUGAAGGACUUGUCUCAUUUGUUAAUGGGUAAACAAUUCAUAUGUGUGAAUAGAUUUUGUUAUUUUACUUUUAAGUAAUGUGUGUCAUGUUGGGUACACUGAAUUUGUAUUCUCUUAAACUGUAAGUUAAUAAAUAUCUUUUUGUAAAAUUU